UCAAACAUUAUUUUUAAGUAGAUAGGAAUAAAACACUCAUUUUUAUCCUUAUAUACUUGAAACAAACGCCCCAUUAAUGGGAUUUAGUUUUUGAUAUUUGGUUUGUUAAUCCUCCGGUCUAUGGAGGAAAUGUACCCGAGUAACUCAAGUGUAGUCGGGAGAUAAGUAAAGUUUGAUUAAUAAUUGUUUCUUCCAGAAAUCGAAUUCAGUUUUUCCGAACGACGGGUGUGUGUCUCUAAUAAGAUAAACUCCAAGGAAAGGAAUCUGACGUAAAUAACUAACAGCAUUGUGUAUAAAUGCUUCCUUGCAUUAUCAUUUAUACAAGGAUGAUGAUAAUGUUACCCCAUUUUCUUACUAUAUUGCUUGGUGUCCUUACUAUUUUGGCUUCGAUACAACCUCAGGAUCAAUCAGAUUUGUUUAUGAGGAUCUUCAAAAACAAAUCAGGAUUCAUUAGCUUAGAUUGUGGUCAACAUGAAGAUGUGAAAUAUUCUGGGUUGCGGACAGGCGUAAAUUAUAUUUCAGAUGCCAAAUUCAUACAUACUGGUGUAAAUAAGAGGAUAGCACCGCCACCUAUUAUUCCACAGGAACUACAACAUGUGAGGAGUUUUCCUAGUGGAGUUAGAAACUGUUACAGAAUAAAUGUAACAAGUGGUACUAAAUAUUUAAUCAGAGCUUCUUUUUAUUAUGGAAACUAUGAUAAUCUAAAUCAACCACCAGAAUUUGAUCUACAUUUUGGAGCUAAUGUUUGGGAAACAGUAAAGUUCACUAAUGUAUCAGGCAUCACACUCAAGGAGAUCAUAUACACUCCAUCACAAGAUCACAUACAACCAUGUCUUGUUAACAUAGGCAAAGGGACUCCAUUCAUUUCAGUUUUAGAAUUGAGGACUUUGACAAAUUCUAAUUAUGUCACAUACUCACCUGAUUUAGUAUUAUCACUUUUCAAGCGAUGUGAUUUAGGUUCCAUCACAAACAGAGAAUACAGGUACAAAGAUGAUGUUUAUGACCGCAUCUGGUCGCCUUGUGAAUUAUCCAGUGAUUGGAGACAAUUAACCACCUCAUUUAACAUCAAUGAUCUAUUUCAGAAUGAAUAUAGUCCACCUGAAAUUGUUAUGAGCACUGCUGUUGCAACAGUAAAUGCCAGUGCCCCUUUACAAAUUCAAUGGAAUGCAGAUAAUGUAAAUGAGCAAUACUACUACUACUUGCACUUUAAGGAGGUUGAGAAGCUGGCUGGAAAUGAAACUAGAGCAUUUCAUAUCACAUCAAAUAUCACAAUCAAUGACAAGUUUUUGAAUAGACCCGAGAUACAUAUAUACCGGAAAGUAAGCACCAUAUCGAGUGCAACACCUUUGGUUGGAGCCACAAGGUAUCAAAUUUCUCUUUCCAAGACAAAGAAUUCAACCCUUCCACCCAUCCUAAAUGCCUUUGAGAUUUACAUGUCAAAAGACUUCUCACAAUCAGAAACUCAACAGGAUGAUGUUAAUGCUAUCACAAACAUCAAGGAUGCUUAUGUGGUGGCUAGAAAUUGGCAAGGAGAUCCAUGUGGUCCUGUGAAUUAUAUGUGGGAAGGCCUAAACUGUAGUAUUGAUGGCUAUAGCAUUCCAAGAAUCACAUCUUUGGAUUUGUCUUCAAGUGGAUUAAAAGGGCAUAUAUCAUAUUCCAUAUCAAAGCUCACAAUAUUACAAUACUUAGAUUUAUCAAACAAUAGCCUAAAUGGUCCCUUACCUGAUUUUCUGACGCAAAUGCGAUCACUAAAAGUCUUAGAUGUGAGGAAGAACAAACUUUCAGGGCUAGUUCCAACUGAACUCCUUGAGAGAUGUGAAACUGGCUCACUAUCAUUGAGGGUAGAUGAUAAUCCUGAUCUUUGUAUGACGAAAUCCUGCAGAAUGAAGAAAUUAUCAUUUUUGUUUACAAAGAGGGACAAAGCCCAAAGUGGAAAGAAGAACUUGAUAAUACCAAUUGCAUUAAUUAUAAUUCUUUUGUUUUCUCUUGGAUUUUGCAUAUUCAACGGACAAAAAGCUACGUGGUCAAAUUCUAGGAAAGAGGGUUCAAUGAAAUCAAAGCAUCAAAUGUUCAGCUACUCUGAAAUUCUCAAUAUUACUGAUAACUUUAAAACUGUUAUUGGAGAAGGAGGAUUUGGAAAAGUUUACGUUGGAAUUUUACAAGAUCACACUCAAGUAGCUGUAAAAAUUCUUUCAACAUCAUCAAACCAAGGUUACAAGGAAUUUCAAUCAGAGGCGCAACUUCUAAUGGUUGUUCAUCAUAGAAAUUUGGUCUCUCUCAUCGGUUAUUGUGAUGAAGAUGAAAUCAAAGCAUUGAUUUAUGAAUACAUGGCCAAUGGAAAUGUUCAACAACACUUAUUAAUUGAUGCAAAUAUUUUAAAAUGGAAUGAGAGACUAAAAAUUGCAGUUGAUGCAGCACAUGGAUUGGAAUAUCUGCAUAAUGGAUGUAAACCAGCUAUUAUGCACAGAGAUUUGAAGCCUACCAACAUAUUACUAGACGAGAAUAAGCAUGCCAAGAUAGCUGAUUUCGGCCUAAGCAGAGCUUUUGGUAACGAUAUUGAUUCUCAUAUAUCCACCCGACCUGCUGGCACACUAGGUUAUGUUGAUCCUGCAUAUCAGAGAACAGGAAACACAAAUAAAAAAAAUGAUAUCUACAGCUUUGGAAUAAUUCUAUUUGUGUUAAUCAGUGGUCGUCACGCAAUAGUAAGAGCAGCUGGAGAAAAUAUUCACAUACUUGAUUGGGUUAUUCCUUUAGUUGAAAGAGGAGAUAUUCAAAAUGUUGUUGAUUCAAGGUUGCAGGGUGAAUUUAGCAUCAAUUCAGCAUGGAAAGCUGUAGAGAUUGCCAUGUCUUGCAUUUCACCAAAUGCAACAGAAAGGCCAGACAUGAGCCAAAUAUUGGCCGAUCUGAGGGAGUGUCUAUCCUUAGAGAUGAUUCAGACAAAUGAUGGAAAUACGAGAGUUAGAGAUGAAUUUGUUUCAGUAGCUACGGUUUCCGAAACCAUUGUUUUAGCUAGAUAACCACCAUUUAUAAUAAUAUCCAGUGUCACUCCAAAUGUCCUAGUACAUUAGUCCUUGAUGUAUUAUAUAAAAUAAUUAGUAUUCUUGAAGUUUUCUAGAAAUAAAAAA